CUCGUGUGCGUAAAUGGCGCAGCUGUGUCUGCAUGCGGGGGUCCGGGGUGUGUGAGUGGUCCCCUCAACUCUGAACCUACCGAAUGAAAGGUGCACCACACCCACUUCGCGGUUAUGAGCCCACUGAUUUCCAGCUCGCGUCUCCUGGGAAUGGCACGCGCCUCUCAGUUUUAGCCAUUUGGACAAGACGGAAGAGUCAGAGCUGCUCAUCGCUGCUGCCGACCUGUCGACUCCGAAAAUGGGGAACAGCAAACCCUCAGCGCUCCUGUCUCUUAUCGGUGUCAUGCUGAUCUGGCCCUGUGUACUCACCAAAGGUGUCUCCCCCAGACUGCAAACCAGAGACGGCUCAUCUUUAUCAGCAGGACAGGGCGGAGAGCGCCCCCAUGUGGUGAAACGCUCCGUUCAGCCCUGCGGCAGCUCCCACGAGAACUACUGCCUGAACAAGGGCAAGUGCAUGCUGCUGGUGGACAUGAACGAGCACCACUGCCAUUGUGAGAAGGGCUUCAGCGGCCCCAGGUGCGGCGCCCCCGAGCUGGUUUUCCGGCCAAUGGGCGAAGAGCAAGUAAUCCUCAUCAUCUUCUGCGUGAGUCUGCUGAUGAUAGGUCUGGCCGGAGCGCUCUACUUCAUCUGCAAGUGGUACAGGAAAAACAAAUUCCCACGCCAGCAGAAGCGGCACGGCUACAAAGGAGUCCAGAAUGCUUAGUGUGACACACACACCUGCUGCAUCUGCUGCUGGAUCAGUAUUUUCUCCUUUUUAAAUUUUUUUAUCGAAAACUUUUUUUAAAAAAAAGUUCCCCCGUCUUUGAUGUUUUUAGGCAAGCUCACUCUCCCAGCCGCAGCACCGCAUGUCGCAAGGCUUCAUCAAGCAGGUUGAUCACCAGAAAGAGAUUAAGGUGGUCAAAAGAAACAGCUUUGUGAGCGGAGCGACCGUUUUCCAGCUGUACUGGUUCUCAAGUUUCGGUACCUGUUACACUCAGUUUGAAAAGAUGAAUUGUGAGACGCACAAGAAUAGUAUCUGUGGGUGAAACCACCCACAUGAUGGUGGAAAACUCUUAGAAAAUGAACAAAUGUGAGGGAUAAGAUCGGACCAGAGAAACCGUCUUAACUUGUAGUGAUUCAUGCUUUGAAACAUUUUGGCCGCUGUCUGUAAAACCUCUUCGUGUUUCCACAAGCAGACAGACAGCAAUUGUCUUAUUAGUAAAGUCAUCAUUGUGCUGUAGUUAUUUUUAGUCGGAGCCAUCUUCUACGUAGGAUGUAUUAUUUCCUGUUGUAUUUUUUUAAACUUUAUUUCUAAUUUAUGUGUCUCACGCUUUAACGUUUAUAUAUUUAUUGUCAUUUGGCAUUUUAAAAGGCACUAUUGUUAUUAUAACAGCCAUUAAAAUGUUGUCCAAGUGUAACACGCCAUGUUUCGUUAUUUGUGAUUUUUCGUAAACAAGUUUUAAUAACUUUUUUGAAAGCAACAAUGUAUACAAUAGAGUCUUGUCUGUUUUGAAAGCUCUGUUGCAUCAAAAAAUUGAAU